AUGAGCUAUUAUUGCGACUCAUGCGAUCGCGAGUUUUACUCAUGGCAAGCGGUGAAGCAGCACAUAGAUGCACUCGAUCACUGGCAGUGGCCAUACGAGUGUGAGACUUGCGACAAACGCUUCGGAGACCAACAGGCAGUUGCGCAACACAUGAAUGCUCUGGAUCACUGGGAUACGCAGUCCUCCAGCUCAGAAGAUGAUGAGGAUUGGCAUGAGUGCGACAGGUGUGAGCGGACCUUUGCCUCAUGGGCAGCUUGUAGACAACACAUGGAUGCUCUUGGUCAUUGGUUCACGGACAAAUGCGAGACGUGCUCCAGACGAUUUGUCAACAAGCUUGCCGCUGAACAACACAUGAAUGCCUUGGGCCAUAGAUCAUCACAGUACUGCUCUAGCUGCGACCGCUACUUUCAGAACGCCAGCGGCCUGUUUCAACACAUGAAUUCGGCCAUUCACCUUCGCGCAGAUCCUAUCCACGCUGCCCCUGCACCGCCAACUCCUCGCCCACCACUUGCCCCUGUCGUCGUUCACGUUCCCUCCUCAGCGGCUGCCGCUCACUCUUCGACUCUGCUAGCCACUAAUUCCAGCACCGCUCCACGCCAUCCACCUGUCGUCAACACGGUACCUGCUUCAUCAGCCACGCCUUUUCAAAUCGUCCCCCUGGCGCCAACUAUCGCACCCAGACAGUUCGUCAAUCCGGUAUUAUCAAACUCACGACCUGGAAACACAGGCACGAGAUCCCUGCCUUUCAGUGUUGUCGUCGAGUGGGAUCUUGCAUUGUCCAAGACCAUUCACUACCAGUCCAUCACCUUCAUGCAACCCUACUCAGCAUUCUCUUUCGAAGAACUGAGACUGGUUGAUUAUAAAGAUGGCCGUACACCUCCCAGUACCAACAGACGGGCUGAUGCUUUCAGAUUGGGUACUGCAUUCGGGACUGGGAUCAAUCCAGGGGCUGAUAUAUUCCAGCCUGCUCGCUCUAGUGGUUUGGCUGCCAGUCCCGCUACCAUCUCAUCCACCCCGUCUAUUCCCCUCAUCGCUAGUAGCACUUACCAGGACAAUUCAACCCAGACCGAUAUAUCUCCUCCAGGGUCUAGCAUCUAUCUAUCGGCCAGUUCAUCUCGAGCCACCACACCUAGUCUCACGAUCAAUAAUGCUGGAAGCAGAUCCAGCGUCGAGACUGGCGCAACUCACACACAGGAAUAUCUGCCCAUUUCCACUGCUGACGACAUUGUUGGAUUCCACCUUGUUCACGAAGCACGCUCCAGAGUGAUGAAACUGGUCAAACACGAGAACGACAACACCACGUCUUGGGUCCCUCAAGGUGUCGGAUCUAUCCGCGUCCUCGCCAGCAAAGAGUCUGCGAAGCUUCGUAUCUUCAUGCGCGCCGAUCCGCUCAGCAAAGUCGUUCUGGACGUCAACAUUGCGCUCAACGCCUCUCUGUAUAGACUGAACACAUCCAAGAUUGUACAGUUAAUCGUCUUCCCGGAAGAUGCAAAGAAAUCAGAGCUCUUCACGUGUGCCUUCAAAGACGAGAUGCAGGCCCAGGAGUUCUUGGAAAAACUCCACGGAGCCAUCACCAAAGCCCAAAACCAAACCAUUGAUCACUCGCCAUUUUCCUUCACCGAGGUGAAAACACUACAGACAGAGCCUAUCGAGAACCCCGAGGUCAUCCACUGUCCAUUCUGUCGUCUUGGCUUUUAUGCCCUUUCUGAGGUCGUCGAGCACCUUGAGACUACAUCUUGUAGAGCACGCCCGGACCUGGACUGCAGCGUCAUCUACCGUCAUCAUCGUCAACAUGAUCCACUCGGCGAGUUCACUGGAGCAACUCCGGAUCACGACGUCUGCAGUCCGACAGUGGAGAGCUCACUCUACCGUUGCUUUAACACCACCAGCACUUGCCAAUGCAGGGGCCUGCCCUCCUUCGCUGCGCUUUAUGCUCAUCUAGAAAGCGAAAGCUGUGGCUGCAUCAAGCGUGCGGACUUGCAAAAGGAAUUUGGUAAUCUUGAGGACUUAUUUCCUGUACUCGGGUCAUCUUAG